UGCAUAUUGAGACAUAACGGGUUGAGUGACGUUUGCGACUGCCGGACACAUCAAAGCAUUGAGUGACGAAAGCUGCAUACGGAAAGCUCACAGGUUGAUUUGUUUUGGAGAUUGCCGGACACAUAGACGCGUUGAGUGAGGAUAGCUGUAUACUGAAAACCCACAGUACUUAUAGUGAGGGGAUAAUUCGAGGAUGCAGUACACAUAGAACCGACCCCCAACCAGUACCCGACCCCCCCCUGAAAAAUAGAGGCCAUGUGCCCCCCCCCCUCUCUACCUCCCCCAGAGGAUGAGGAGGGUACAGUCCAAAGUCUACUCGGGAGCGGGGAGCACGCAGAUCCCAGAGCUGCACGUAAGUGCGAUAGAUAUAGGUUCGACCGACCACUUCCUCAUAUGGGCAAACAUCGACCGAUCUAGAAAGAUCAAGAGUAAGAAACAGAGGAAAGUGUUCCGGUGGAAGGUAGAGCGUUUGGGAGACGAUGGGACACGGGAUGAAUUCCAGAAGGGGCUGGCUGGUAGUGUAGAAUCCUUCAGGAAACUGCUGAGAAGCGUCGAAGACGGACAGGUAGACGUACAGGCAGCAGGGGACAGAGUGAUUGAAGGGUGGGAGUCCAUCGUGAACGCAACGGCAGACAGAGUAGUAUGGAAGAAGGUGGAGGUGGACGCAUUGGAGAAAGAAGAAGAAGAGACAUCGAAGGCAGACGUUGGGAACGCAGAACUAGAAAAGGAGUUCACUGAGGACGAGGUUGAGGCGUGUGUGAACAAGCUGAAGUGCCACAAAGCAGCAGGAGCGGAUGGGAUAGUCAACGAGUUCAUGAAGUUUGGGGGGAAGGGGAUGAUCCAGCUGAUGGUACUGCUGUACAAUUGGGUGUGGAAAAACGAGUAUACGCCAAGUAGAUGGAGGGAAGGAGUGGUUGUGAACUUGUUUAAGAAAGGAGACAAGACUGACCCAGGAAACUACAGGGGGAUCACACUGUUGAACACAGUAGGAAAAGUGUUCUGUAAGCUGCUGAACGAUAGGAUAGUGGGAGUAUUGGAGAAGGAACAUAGCAUUAGUGAGGGCCAGGCAGGUUUCCGCAAGAAGAGGGGGUGCGUAGACCACGUGUUCACGGUAGGGAGAAUCAUCCAAGGUAGAAAGAGGGCGGGAAAGCCGACGUACUGCUUCUUCCUGGACGUGAAAAAGGCAUACGACACCGUGUGGAGAAAUGGGUUGUGGAAACAACUGUCCAAAUACGGGAUUAAGGGGACAAUGUGGAGAGUGCUGAAGAAGAUGACAGAGUGUAUGAAAAGCGCGGUCAUGCUAGACGGAGAACUGUCAAAAUUCUUCGACAUUGAGCAGGGGGUCCCACAAGGUUGCACGCUGUCCCCAACAUUGUUCCAGGUGUUCAUCAACGAUCUGUUGGAAGUCGUAGAGGCAGUCCGGAAGGGAGUAAAAGUAGGGGACACGGAAACGUCGGUUGCAGGAAUGCUGCUUGCGGAUCANAAGUAUGGGAAGGAAAUAAGAAGGUAG